AGAAAACAAAGAGAAUAGAGAGAAGGACUUCAAAAUGGGAAAGCCAGCUGGGUAUUGGGUGAAUAAGAUUAGGACAUCCUUCAAAGGAGGAUCAUCAUCGAGCAAAUUAUCAGAAGAUGGAAGUGCUUCUGGUUCUAGAAAGAGCGAUUCGAAACAUAGGAAGAAUCAGAGAACAGAGGAAGGUAAUAAGAACGGUGAAGCGGGAAGAGCUCAAUCUGAGAGUGGGAGGAAAGUGAUGGUUGUCGUGGACACAACUUCACAAUCAAAGAAUGCUCUUCAAUGGGCAUUAACAUAUUGUGUUCAAGAUGAAGACAAUAUUACUCUCCUUCAUGUCACAAAAACACCUGUAGGACAAGGUGUAGAUAAGACACAAAGGGAGAGAAACUCAAGGGCUCAUGAACAAGUACAUCCACUGAAGAACCUUUGCCAACUCAAGAAACCUAACGUGAAGACGGAGAUAGUGGUGGUUGAGACAGCAGAGGAGAAAGGGAAGGCAAUAGUAGAGGAAUCAAAGAAACAGGGAGCAGGAGUUUUGGUUUUAGGUCAAAGGAAAAGAACUUCGAAGUGGCGUGUGAUAUGGAAGUGGCGCACGAAAGCAGGAAUCGGUGGAGGAGUUGUUGAGUAUUGUAUUCAUAACUCAGAUUGUAUGGCUAUUGCCGUCAGGAAGAAGAGUAACAAUGGAGGUUACUUGAUCACCACGAAACGUCACAAAGACUUCUGGCUCUUGGCCUAAUGAUUAAGACAUCAUUCCUUAUAUUGA